UAAUUAACACGUUUUUUUUUUUUAAACUGACCCCAUUUUCCUUGUUGCCUUUAACAGUCAGUCAGGGGGAAAGUCUAUUAAUACCACCAGCUGGUGUUUUGUAAACCAGAAGAGGAGUAGGCACUCUACAGAACGCUGUCGGUGUGGCUGUUUCUUGUGACAUGGCCCGCAGAGCUGACACUGAGCAGACACCUGAAAGCUUUAAUUUCACACUUCUCUCUGAACAGAUAAAUGAACUUGACGAGGAGGAGGAGGAGGAGGAGGAGGAGGAAUCUGCUGUGCAUGUGAAAGAGCCUGAUGUAAUCCCCGAUGUUACUCUACGGGUAGAGGGAGAGUAUUUUUAUGUCAACCGGCAACAACUGGCCCUCCAGAGUCCCUACUUCAGGGCUCUGUUUUUUGGCUGUGGCGUAGAGAGCACCAAAAGGAACGUUGAAAUCAAAGGUGUGAGUCUGCACUAUUUCAGGAUUUUGAUGGAAUACAGCAGGACAUCCAACCUGGCUUUGAACAGAGAAAAUGUUCUGGGGAUCCUUGAGACCGCAGACUUUUUACAACUGGAGCGAGCCAGGCUGCUGUGCUGCAAGUUCCUGGAGCGUGAGCUGCACCUCAGUAACUGUCUGGGAAUGAUGGCCUACGCCUGGCAGCGGGGCUGCAUUCAGCUCUACAAGGCAGCACGACAGGUGGCGCUCUCACACUUCUCUGCUAUUGUUGCAGAAGAGGACUUCCUGUCCCUUUCUAAGGAGUCUAUAGCAGACCUUCUUGCCAGUGACGACCUUGCCAUCCACAGAGAUGAUCUGGCCCUGGAGGCCACCCUUCGUUGGGUGUCGUUUGACCAAAAACGUGAAGAACAUUUCCUGGAGCUCACUGAGCUGGUGAGGCCUGAGUCGCUGUCUUUAUCAUUUAUCACUGACCUUUUGACCAGAAUGAAAAGCUCUGACCCCAGAGCCAAGCUCAUCUGCAUGCUGAAUGAACAUUUCCCGACAUCGUGGUCAAUGGGAAAGUCAAUGAGGAGGACCAGGGCUAGUGAGACCCUCUUUGUCCUGGGUGGGCCUCAUGAUCAGGAGCAACAGGCACUUUACCAGUUUCACCCACUCAGCGGUAGAUGGCAAUGCUGUGCACCUCUGCAGAGGAAGAACCUCACACAGUACUCAGUAGCUGCAGUAGGAGACAAUGUGGUUGUGACAGGCGGCUAUUUCCGGGACGUGCUGUGGUUCAGUGUGGACUGGGUCAGGAUAUUUGAAUGUGGGAACAAGCGCUGGGUUGAUGGGCCAGCCCUGUUGAAGUCCAGGCACAGCCACUGCUCCAUAGGACUGGACUCAGUACUUUAUGUCCUGGGGGGCAGCAUGGAUGAAGGGCUUGUGGCUGAUGUAGAAAGACUUGUCCUGGGGUCAGAGGAGGGUUGGGAAGGGGUCAGCCCCAUGAUUAGGGCUGUAGAGAGGGCAGCCACUGCUGCCCUGGGGUCAUGUUUCUACGUGGCAUGUGGCCUGGAUGAAAACGGGGAGGCGUAUGGUGGAAUUCAGAAGUAUACAACGAUGGAGGAUCAGUGGGACGUGGUCUCCUAUUCUCCAUUUCCACGAUAUGACCUGGUUGCUACAGAGCUCAAUGGUGCCCUCUACUUGUUUGGAGGCCAAGCUUUGCGUUUUGACGUGGAGACAGAUGAGUGGACUGAGCUGGAGGAGGAGGAGUGUUUGGACAGGAAGUUCUUCUCUGGCUGUGCAACGGUAAACAGCCAGAUAUACCUGGUCAGUGAGAGGAAGAGUAACAAAGCAUUCCCAAACAUGGUGAUGUUGGACCCCUACAUCGACACUUGCAUUGAGGUGGAUGAUGCGAUACCCUGCCCUGUGCCCCUCAGAGGGUGUGUCACCAUGAGAAUGGUCACGUGACGGUGCAUGAUGUGACUAAAUAAAAAUGUGUUUAUCUGCUGUACUUGACACUGUUUGGAGUUAUGUAUGUGUAAUUCAUGGAAGCAUCAGUCUUGCCUUAAACAGAGCACUUACAAAAUAGAUUUCCAUGUAAAAGGUCAUGAUUUGGAAUAAAAAAAAUUGAAAAAAAUCUGCUUGAAAUUAGACAACAGUAAUAAUUUAUUCAAUAGAAGUAAUUUAUUAAAACUUUUCAACCGGCCACACAGUCAACAAAGCUCCAUGUGCACUCACAAGAGAACAGUCAAGUGUCAAGUGUCAUUUUGAUGGAAACAUGACAUUUCACCAGGUUUUAUAUCUAUGUUUAAUUUUAAAAGCAUUAUUCUAGUGGGGGUCAUGGGUGUGUUGUUCAGUGGAACAGCCCUUAGUGCUCACUCCCUCACACUUAUUCUUGUAUAAAACCUUGUUAGAUGCAGUAUUUGUUAACGGGUUGCUCUUACUUACCUAUGAAAAUGUAAUACCAGUUUUUGAUAUGUAAUAAUGACCAUGGAUGUAAGUAGUUGAUCCACUUUGUUUAAACAUGUGUAAAAUCCACGGUUCCACUGUUCUUAGUUAAGUAGUGGAGCAAAGUGUAGUCUUAAAAAUGUCAUCAACUUAAUAACCAUUAAAUCUUAAGUCUUACACUUGAGUAAGACUUUAGUUCAUCUGUGCCUUAAAGCAUUUGACCUUUGUAGAGAACUCCACUAUGUAAAAUACAUCACUAAUGCCCAUCAGCAUCACCAACAUUUCAAAGAAAACAUUAGAACCAGUCACAGUCUGGCUUGUGUGUUUGUCCAGUAAAGGUAGUCCUACUCACACAAAGAGAUUAACAUCAAGUGCUUGUU